CAAUACACAGAAAGAUACGAUUGUUUUAACUUUGCCUUGAUGUGUGACAGAUUUGGUGUGUCUGAUAGAGUAGCGUCAGCAUUGGCAACCAGUCUUUUCAAAGAUUUUGAAAUGAAAGAUCAGCAUGGCGAACCUCUCAUCAUGGAUAAAUCGAAAGUUCGUAGAGAAAGAGAGAAAUGCAGACGAAUAGUGCUCCGCAAAAGGUUUGAUGAUUCCAGUUUAAUAGCGUUUUCAUUCGACGGCAGAAAAGAUGAUACUUAUACGAGAGAAAAAAUUGAUGGUAAGUAUCAUAGUAGGAUGGUAAAAGAACCUCACCUUGUUAUUUUGAGAGAACCGAAUUCUCGAUUGAUUGGUUACGCAAGACUGGUAGAGGAAAGUGCUGAAUACAAAACAACAAAAUUGAAUGAAUUUUUCAACGAUAAAAACAUAUCUCUGGAUGCAUUGAUUGGCAUAUGCACUGACGGUGAGCCAACAAACACUGGCACACACGGUGGAAUUAUACGAAGAUUCGAAUUGCUGCUAAAAAGACCAUUGCAUUGGUUUGUUUGCCUUCUACACUUCAACGAACUUCCGUUUCGACAUUUGUUUAGGGUUUUGGAUAAAUCAUCCACCACUGGACCAACAUCAACAACCGGGAAACUAAGCAAGCAAAUUGAAAAUUCUGAAGCUCUUCCGGUGGUGAGCGACUUUCAGAGAAUUGCGUUGGAAAAUAUGCCUCCUGUUGCAGAACAGCACGAAUAUUCCACCGAUUCGCAGUACUUAUACGACAUGGCACAUGCAAUUUCUAAUGGCGUGGUUUCUGUGGAUCUGGCUAACAUAAAACCAGGGAAAAUUGUACAUUCUCGCUGGCUCACCAAGGCCGCUAGAUUAUUACGAUUAUAUGUGACAAUGAAAAAACCACCUAAAAAUUAAAGAAUUCUGGUUGAAUUUAUAAUUAAGGUUUAUGUGCCAAUGUAUUUUAAUAUCAAGUAUUACAGCUCUGUCGUGUACGGUAGUGUAUUAUUUUUCAAGUACAUUACUUGGGCACAAUUUCUGGAGCCAAAUUUACGCACUGUUGUCAAUCAUGUAAUUAAAAAUAAUCCAUAUUUUGCACAUUCGGAAAAUAUCUUGCUAUCAAUGUUGUUUGAUGAUAGGAAAGAGGUGCGCGACUCUGCUAUCAAGAAAAUUUUACGAUAUCGAGACAAUGUUGAAGACCCAUCGGAACUUAGAGAAUAUAAAAAACCAGAUAUAAACUUCCAUUGCUUCGAUUACACGAAAAUGAUCGAUUUGACUGAUAAAAAUAACGUAUUUGAACCACCAUUCACGCGAAUCAUUCCGUAUGAAACAUUGAUAGCAUAUUUAAA